CGUUCCGUAGCAGACAUGCGCAGUAGCUUACAGGAGCUCUGUUGACCGGUGGUAACAACACUGCCACUCCUUAGCGCUGUUUUGUGAGCAAGUAGUAGUCAAUGGCUGAUCCACGAGUGCGGCAGAUUAAAAUUAAAACCGGCGUAGUCAAACGGUUAGCAAAAGAAAAAGUAGUAUAUGUAAAUGAAGCUAAACAGCAAGAAGAAAAAAUUGAACGAAUGAAAGCAGAAGGAUGUGAUGAAUAUGACAUUAAAAAGCAGGUUGAGGUUCUUCAGGAAUCCAAAAUGAUGAUACCUGACUGCCAGCGUCGCUUGGCAGUGGCACAUGCUGAACUAGUACAGUUUCUAGAAAAUGAAGGAGAUUUGACAGACUGGGAGGAGUACAAGGAGGCACAAAGCAUUCUGGAUUCUGUAAAAUUAGAAGACUAGCUUAGAAACAUUUUUUGCUCACCUCUUACACAUCCAUUCCAUAGAAUUAGGCCCAUGACUGUGGAGAAAGAAACAAAAAUGAAACUUGAUCAGAGAUUUUUUUUUAGUGUGUUUUAAGUUAAUUAUCUACAGAAAACAAACAUUGUUUAUUGAGCCCUGACCAAAUAUUAAUAAAUUCUGAUUUAUGAUACAAUGGACUUGGAUGUAUUAAUCUAAAAAAAAUAUAUAUUGCUAAUUAAAAAAUGACAGUAUCAAAUAAUGAGUUACAAAUAUUUUCUUCUCAAAACUGAAAUGCACAAAAUAUUUUACCAGUGAAAUUAGUAACAUCUUACUAAGACUGUAAUAUGCUGGUUAAAAAGGAUUUAGAUGCUGUCUGUUGAUAUUUGAUGUAGGAAUAUUUCACUACAACAGGAUGACAACGCUGUUUAGUUGGUAUGUUAACUUUAUGCAAUGUUUAUUCUUUUUGUAAUUUUUACUCCUUUUUAAGUUGCUUGAAAAAUCACCCAGUAACCUCAAAUUUGAUGCCGAGUCCAGUAUCUGUGUGGAUUAGAGAGGUUAAGAUGUAGACUGGACCUCUGUAGUCAUCCUUUUAGGCUUUAAUUGUCUGUCUUCUCAUACAACUGUCAUUUUUCUUCAAGUUCUUAAAGCAGCUAAAUAUAUUUUUACUUGAUCGUUUGUAAACCCAUUGCAUAAUUUGAGUUUUUGGCUACAAAAUACACUUUUAAUCUGUAUGUGUCUCUUAAUUUAAAUAAAGUGUAAUUAUUCACCAGUA